UUCAAUUAUUUUUGUUUAGAACACUGCAAGUCUAAGUGACUUUGACAGGUUAAAAACUCUAGGAACAGGUUCUUUUGGUCGUGUUAUGCUUGUACAACAUAAAGAAGGAAAAGAUUAUUAUGCAAUGAAAAUUUUGGAUAAACAGAAGGUAGUUAAGUUAAAACAAGUAGAACAUACUUUGAAUGAAAAGAAAAUUUUACAAGCUGUUAACUUUCCUUUUCUUGUGAAAUUACAAUUUCAUUUUAAGGAUAAUUCUAACCUAUAUAUGGUUUUAGAAUAUGUACCAGGAGGAGAAAUGUUCUCACAUCUGAGGAAGAGUGGCAGAUUUAGUGAGCCUCAUUCAAGGUUUUAUGCUGCCCAAAUAGUUUUGGCAUUUGAGUACUUACACUCACUUGAUCUUAUUUAUAGAGAUCUGAAACCAGAAAAUCUCCUUAUAGAUCAGCAGGGUUACAUAAAGGUAACAGAUUUUGGUUUUGCAAAAAGAGUAAAAGGGAGAACUUGGACAUUAUGCGGAACUCCAGAAUAUCUUGCUCCUGAAAUUAUUCUCAGCAAGGGUUACAACAAAGCUGUAGAUUGGUGGGCUUUAGGUGUUUUAGUAUAUGAAAUGGCUGCUGGUUAUCCUCCUUUCUAUGCAGAACAACCUAUUCACAUCUAUGAGAAAAUAGUAUCUGGAAAGGUACGAUUCCCUUCUCAUUUUACCUCUGACCUCAAAGACUUACUGAGGAAUCUCUUGCAAGUUGAUUUAACUAAACGUUAUGGUAAUUUAAAAAACGGUGUAAGCGAUAUAAAAAAUCAUAAGUGGUAUGCUUCCACUGAUUGGAUUGCCAUCUUCCAAAAGAAGGUUGAAGCCCCAUUCAUUCCAAAAUGUAAGGGUCCUGGGGAUACAAGUAAUUUUGAUGAUUAUGAGGAAGAAGCUUUACACAUAUCAUCAACAGAAAAAUGUGCUAAAGAAUUUGCUGAAUUUUAGCACAUGUCUUCAACUUUGGUCACCUAUAUAAUUGGGAUUUGUCUCCCAUUUGUUGGGUUCUGACAUCCCAACAUAUCCUGUCUAUAUCAUAGAUGGGAAAAGGGAACGUUGAUUAUAUACCUUCCAGACAGAUAGAAGUUGUACCCCUGUUAGGGGUUCCGAUUGGACCUUAAUUUUAGAUGUUUCACUUGUGAAGUACUAUUGUAAAUUACUUGUGAAGCCAGCAGUUGUACAGUUUGGAAAAAUAUUGGACUGAUAACCAGUUGUUUUAGUUGCUAUAUUUUGUUAGUGAUGCUGUUUUUCUUUAGUCAUUGUUAUUGUUUUUAGAAUUAUUCAUCUCUUAUACAUGUAUUUUUUCCCCUCCCUUAAAUGUUCAACAGAACUUUUUUGAACCAAGAAAUAUUGUGUCCAUAAUGGGGAGAUCUCUGUCCAAAAGUCUAGCCAAUAGUCCUGCAGUCUUUUGUAUCCCAGUGAAAAUUGUUUCAUAAGCUAAAUAGGGCUCCAGCCUUCUUCUACAACGACAUCAGACAAUGAAUCAUCAGGCUUCGGACGAAAAAAACAAAACGUUUUUAAUUUCUGCGUAAUAUGUGUGUGUGGUCUAGAUGUACGUAUCAAAGGGAGCCAGUAUUUCUUGCCUGAUGUCUGAUAUAUUUUUGACUGCUCCCUAGCAUAUGCAGAAAUUGUCAUUUCUCUACCCCAUUCUCAAUCAUGCCUGAGAAUGUCAUCAAGUUUCAUUGGGAGUAUGACAGCUUUGUCAGUAUUGUGAGUCAUGUAUAGAAUUUGAAUUAAAAAAUAAAAAAAAACAGCAUUUAAAAAUAAAGGAAAUGCUAACCAAAUGCAUUUUUAUGCCAAGUUUUGAAGGAUGCCAUGUGCAAUAUAUAUACUUUCUGAUAUUCUUCAAUUUUCAUCUCAUGAGGAAAAAAAAAUGUAUCACAAAUAACAAUUAUGUGGCCUCAGAAAUCUGAACCCAGAUUGUGCUAUUUACUUUCUUGGAACUAGUCCCAAAAAUUAACAAAAGAAAAAAAAUUACAAAAAUAAAAUACUAAAAAAAAAUUUGUCUGUUUUUUCAGUGGUCCGAACUAUAUCUGGAUCCUAGUGGUAUAGUUUUACUCGUUCAGUCAGUCCAUUGUAAAUAGUUUUACACCAUUCUUGUAGUCCAGAUUUUUAAGGUGUUUCAAGAUUUGAUCAUGAAAAUGAAUAGAAUAAAUUUUUCUAUUGUUGCUUUUGUCGUCAAAAUGCAUUGCUUUAUUUUCUCUGACUUUAAUAACCCUCUGGUAUUGGGCAGCUGUGUUAAGGUAGCCUGUGAUUACUAUUAAAUUAUUAUUGGUCAUCAUGGUACUCCAAUAUAUGUGAUUGGUUGUCUCGUGCUUUGAUAGGCUGAUGCUUCCAUUAUGAAAAUUCCUCUUUAUAAAUGUGAAAUUAAACCAAAAUUCAAAUUUUUUCUUGUUUAUUGGCUGGACACAACUCAAUACGGACUGAAAGACCAAACCAUAUUUAAAACUUUCAGCCAACUAGAUGAAGAAGCGAGAAUUGCAUUUCUUGUUACAUGACAAUGACAAGGCAAUGUAGCACAUGGUCAAGGAACUGAAAUGUGUAUCGAUACUUGUCUCAAUCACAUUUCCUUUAUGAAAACAGUGUGGUAGUUCUGUAUGUCACAAUGCCACGUUUCAUUGUGUUUCAGUUGUAUUAAAACUUGUUACAUCCUUUC